AUGCCACCACGAGCAGAUCGAGUGAGGAUUCACCCAGCAUGCUUGGGAGAUGAUCCGGCACAGGAUCAAGAUUUGGCUCAAGUGGGUGAUGACUCGGAAGAGCUUGCGAAACUGAUGGAUGGAUCAGGUUCUUCCUCCGAAUCCACGACCAAAGGAAAAGGGCAGCUACCUUUGCACGUUGUGCAUCCAAGUCGUGGAAGUGAAAAGCACCACUCUGGCUCCUGCCAACCCUGCAGUUUCUUCUUACGAGGCAAGUGCACAGUUGCGGAGGGAUGCCUGUACUGUCACUACGAACAUGACCGGCCACAACGUCCUGGAAAGAAGUCGCGAGAACGUGCCAAACGCCGCAUCGCUAUUGCCCAGGCGACGGAACCGAGCUACGCAGGUUUGAUGAAUUUUGAUGAAGUCUUCAGUGGCUUCGCGUGGCAGGCGCCAACUCUCCACCUGGCACAGUGCCUGGCGCCGUCAGCCAUCAACAUGGUUUUGGAUCAUGGUGCUCAGCCGAAACCCGCAGAUGCAGAGCGACGGGCAACUACCCGUUUUUCCACCGGAACCAGACUUGCUAGAUUUGCCAGACCCACCACCUGGUGUAAUCCGGCUAUGAGGAUCCAGUUGCCAUUCUCGACAGGCUUGGGUCGCCAGUCUUACCAUGCCUGCACGAUCAGUGAAAGUGCUUGCCUUGCCUUUAAGGCUAUGGCGGCUCUGGAUCAUGUCACAAUGAGGAUGUUGAUUGUUUCCAGGGAUAAGAUGAUCCUGUCUGCCUUGAUUCAAGAUUUCCAACUUGAAGGCAGCUUCCACUGUAUGCCCUGGUUUGAGGAGAGCGCCCCAGUGUCAAGACUCCGCUUGCGCUCGCCUUCUGUGCUACAGUCACUUUUUGCAGUGGUGGAGAAAACUGAGAAGAGACGACAAAGAGAUGAUCUCUACGGCGAUUCGUGGGAUGUUGGCCCGGAUGGACACUGGAAACCUCCUCCAGUGUCAGAAGGAGGACCAACAGCGAGACUUGCAGAAGUGCCUAGAAGUUAUGAGGCCUUCUACGAAACAGCUGAUGAUGCCAUGCGUGCCCAAGACGAGCUCGAUGGCCUCGCCUUGCGUGGCGUUUCUGUCAGGGUGACCUGGCCAAAGGAAAAGUUUGCAAGGAAAGAGCCUGGCAUGGUGAAUGUGCAAGGCGUGAUUGGUGGAGUACCUGAUGAAGAGGUCAAGGAAUUCCUUACCCAAGCUGGAAAAGUUCGAUCCCUCAGGAGAUACAAGGACAUCCGAUUUGGCGAGGUGUUGUUCAAAAAUGAGGAUGACGCUUGGAACGCCAAAGUAGAGCUGGAGGGUACCACUUUGUUGGGAAAGAUACUUCGCCUUGAGCUGCUUGUUUGCAAAAUUCGAUGA